AUGAGCUCCUCGACUGUUUGGAUAGUUAGCAGGUAUGCAUUGAGGAUUACUAUUGCUAAUGGUAAACUACCUCCGCUACAGCCUUCUCAGCAUCCUUUAAAUGGCAAUGAUUGCUUCUGGCUCUGUAGCCGCAAAGUAGCUACAUUUCCUCCUAAGCAAAGACUGGCUGGGUUCUGGCUCUUAAUGGAUAAGGCCACAGCUGACUCCCUCAGGAAAAUACUGCUGACCUUACAUUGGAACUUUCCUCCUUCUUUACAGCUCUGUGAAGACCUUCAAGCUAGGGGAGGAGGCAGGGAGGGACGCGAGCGGCGCGCCGCGGAGGGCUGGGCGCUCGGAGGCCGCGGAGCCCCGCGCGGAGCCCAGAGUUUGCGCGCGGCCCCCGGGCGGCGGCGCGCGGGGGCCGUGACAGCCCUGCGCGCCGCCCUCGCCCCGCGGGACCGGCACCGCCCCGGCCGCGCCGAGGGUCGCGGGCGGCCAGGCGGAGGCGGCCGGGAGCGGCGCUGCGGCAGCUUUGGAGUUGGGCACCAUGCUGAGCCCGAGGAGGGGGCUGCGGGGGGCGACGGCCCCGUGACCGGCCGCCGCUUCUCACCUGGGUCCUCUCGGUCCAGCCAGGCGGCCACCAGACACCCAGAGCCCCAGAAAACCCCCGACAGGACCCGGCUUCCCAGCGCCGCCCGACCGGCUGGCGAAUCACCAAGGCGCCUGCAGCAGGAGGACCAGCAGUUGAGGACGUCGUCUCCGCCGGCCAUCCCCAACCCCUACCCCGAGCGCUGCGGCCCGGGAGGCCCCCCUGCGCUCACGCCGGGCUCCUUACCUCCUGGCCCGGCUGCUGCGAAGCAGGAUGUUAAAGUCUUUAGCGAAGACGGGACGAGCAAAGUAGUGGAGAUUCUGGCGGACACGACAGCCAGGGACCUGUUCCAGUUGCUGGUUUACAGAAGUCACUAUGUGGACGACAACAGCUGGACUCUGGUGGAGCAUCACCCGCACCUGGGAUUAGAAAGGUGCUUGGAAGACCAUGAGCUUGUGGUCCAGGUAGAGAGCACCAUGGCAAGUGAAAGUAAAUUUUUAUUCAGGAAGAAUUACGCAAAAUACGAGUUUUUAAAAAAUCCCACGAAUUUCUUCCCAAAACAGAUGGUUACCUGGUGCCAGCAGUCAAACGGCAGUCAGACCCAGAUUUUGCAGAAUUUUUUAAACUCCAGUAGUUGUCCUGAGAUUCAAGGGUUUUUGCACGUGAAGGAGCUGGGAAGGAAGUCGUGGAAGAAGCUGUACGUGUGUUUGCAGCGAUCCGGCCUCUAUUGCUCCACAAAGAGAGCUUCAAAGGAGCCCAGACACUUGCAGCUGCUGGCUGACCUGGAGGACAGCCGCAUCUUCUCCCUGAUGGCCAGCAGGAAGCAGUACGGUGCCCCCACGGACUAUGGCUUCGGCAUAAAGCGAGUCAGGAACGAGGCCAAGGAUCUGCGGUGGCUCUGUGCCGAGGACGAGCAGAGCCGGACGUGCUGGAUGACGGCCUUCAGACUCCUCAAGUAUGGAAUGCUCCUUUACCAGAACUACAGAAUCCCUCAGCAGAGGAAGGCCGUGCUGUCCCCCUUCUCAACUCCAGUGCGCAGUGUCUCUGAGAACUCCCUUGUGGCCAUGGAUUUUUCUGGGCAAACGGGAAGAGUGAUCGAGAAUCCGGCUGAGGCUCAGAGUGCAGCUCUGGAAGAAGGCCACGCCUGGAGGAAGCGAAGCACGCGGAUCAAUAUCCUCGAGAGCCAAAGCCCCCUCCACCCUUCCACCCUAAGUACAGUGAUUCACAGGACGCAGCACUGGUUUCACGGCAGGAUCUCCAGGGAGGAGUCACACCAGAUCAUUAAGCAGCAGGGGCUCGUGGAUGGGGUUUUUCUCCUCCGUGACAGCCAGAGUAAUCCAAAGGCAUUUGUCCUCACAUUGUGUCAUCAUCAGAAAAUUAAAAAUUUCCAGAUCUUACCUUGUGAGGAUGAUGGGCAGACCUUCUUCAGCCUUGACGACGGGAACACCAAAUUCUCUGACCUGAUCCAGCUUGUUGACUUUUACCAGCUGAACAAAGGGGUCCUGCCUUGCAGACUGAAGAGCCACUGCAUCCGCGUAGCCUUGUGACCUCAGGUCUACCCUGGCUGCAGGCUGGAGGUCACUGACACUGGA